AUGCACCCCGGCGCCCCGCCAGCCCAUGGCGUCUCGGACCCCAGCCCUCGGGAGCUGUGUGCCUUCGUGAGCGGGGCAGCCGCACACGUGCUGCGUGCCCUGCACCCUCGGAGGACCCGGCCCCCCAAAAGGAGGCCCAACCACAGGAGGUUUCUGCACAACCAGAUCUGCAGGCAGUUUGCCAACAUUGAGGCUGCCACCCAGCGCCUGGCCCUGUCAAUCCUGUCCCAGACGGCGCCUCCCCAGAGGGCACCACCCCGAAGGCCACCCCCGCCGCCUCCGUCCCCCUUCUUGGGGGUGGCCUGUGCUGUGGCCCCCACGGAGGGGCCCUCUGCCAGCCCGGGGCCGAGCCUCGCCACCCUGGAUGCCUCCACCCUCGACCUCUUUGAUGACAUUGCCCUCACGCCAGAGUGCCCCUCGGGGCCAUCUGGUCUCGCGCCCUGUGCUUGGGGCCAGCCAGACCUGGGGUGGGCCUCACAUUUCUGUAACCCCCCGCCCCCUGCCCCAAAGGCCCUGGAGGAACCCCAUCUCCUCCGCGUCUGCCGCUCCAGCUCCCUCUCACCCGGGUUCAUCUCUGCCUAA